GUAUCCCCCUGGCGGUGUACGCUGUGACCGGCUCAAUAACCGCAUCGUACGUGUACGCAUUUCUGAUCUCGCUGUUAUGGUUUCUGUUCGCGCGGUGCACGGACCCCGAGGACUUCCAAGUGGCCAUGGUGGUCUUCUCGCUCGGAAUUUCCAGUGAGAUCGGCUCCACGAAGUUCUUCAACUCCAUAAUUUACAUUAAAGAACUUCGCAAGCUAUUCAAGGACUAUCUGCUGUAUGACGCGACAUGUCCGGCACAGGGGCGGCUGCGUCUACAUUUACUGACGACAUUAAGAUACGUCAAACGACGUGCGAUAAUCUAUUGGCUCGUCAUCAUUGGCAACGGAUUCAUUUUCGCUAUCAAACCACUGCUUGUGGAAGGUCGACAUCUUGCGCAAGAUGAUUUAGUUCUUAUAGGACUGGAACCGAUGAGACAGUCUCCAAACUACGAGAUAGCUUACGCCAUAAUGACAAUGGGAGUGUGUUUCAUUUGUUACCCUCCAGCCCACGUCACCAUGUUCUUGAUUAUCAUAGUCGGAUACACGGAGGCACAGAUGUUGGCCCUCAGUGAAGAACUGAAGCAUCUGUGGAACGAUGCCAUCGAACAUUACGAAAAGCAUUCACGAACAGAACGAGAAGCGGACGCGGCCAUGAAAUCGAAAAUCCUCAACAGUUUUGUUAAUUUUCGUCUAGUUCAGAUCAUUAAGAGUCAUUCGACGAAUGUCAACUUAAUAGGUCGGGUGGAGAACGUGUUCCGAGGGUCACUGGCCGUCGGAUACGUUUUUCUGAUCGUAGGGCUCAUAGCUGAGCUACUUGGCGGUCUCGAAAACACGUACCUACAGGUACCCUUCGCUCUCAUCCAAGUUGCUAUCGACUGCUUCAUCGGGCAACGCGUUAAUGACGCAAACAUUGAUUUUGAGAAAGCCGUGUAUGAUUGCAAAUGGGAGAACUUCGACAAACGCAACAUGAAGAUCGUGCUGCUGUUGCUACAGAACGCGCAGAAGACGGUGUCGCUGUCUGCGGGCGGCAUCGCUAAGCUUAACUUUAGCUGUUUUAUGUCAGUAAUAAAGUCCAUCUACUCUGCUUACACUACUCUUAGAACAACCAUGAAGUAA